CAGUUCCGUCCUCCGCCGCGUCCAAGUGGCAGUUCCGUUCAGUUGCAUCACUGCAGUCUGCCACUGACUGGCACUACUGACACUGUCACUUCCACAACCAACACUCGGUCAUUGUGAGAUAUCCGCUCCUUCGCAUCUGUCGCAAACAGAGAGAGUGGGUGCAAACAAACCACCAUGGCUUUCCACGCAAGUGGGCUGCCGACCAUCGCGGCGGCAACCACAGAGUUGUGGCCAUCCAUCGCGACAACCCUGACUGCUCCCUUCAGGUUACCGACAUCCCUCAAGGCGCAACAACAUUCCCAAACAUCCCUCGACUCUCACAGCUCGACAGCAUCCUCGAUCGCCUCUCGCAAGCUUGCUAGUUCCCCCGCGCGCGAAGCUUCAAGCUCCUCGGCGCUGCCCGACUUCCUGAGAACUGCGCCUCUACCCCAGACCGUUUUCCCUCGGGGUCUAGCAAAUGCUGCGCCUACAAACAUUUUCUCGGAAAUCUCAGGCAUGUCUUCCCGCCAGCUCGCCAUGGCGAACCCCCUCUUUCGGCGCUCGUUCUCGGCGCUCAUGUCGAGGCCCCUGGGCACUGUCAAUACCCUCCGGUCCAUGAGCACCCACCAGUCCGGUCGCAUUCCGUCUUUCCGCUCGCCAGUACACUCUCCUCUCGGUUUCACUCUCCAGGUCCGCAACUUUGGAAACGGUGGUCUUUCGCACAACCUCCUGGCUGCUCGCGAGGCCGCUGCCAACCAGUUCCCAACCAGCGCCGGUGCUCAGUACGCUUUCUACCAGGCUCUUUUGAAGGCGAACAUGCCUGCUAUCAUUAUCGAGAGAUAUCAGUCUGGACGCUUCGCUACUAACGAGCAGGUAGACCAGAUCUACCAGCAAGCCCUUGCCAUGUCUACCGGUCAACCCUUCACGCCUGCGAACAACGCCGCCGAUAACACCGUCUAUCACCCCUCCGGUUUCACCGCUAGCCAGAUCCAUGCCGCUGGUACCGCCGCUGCUGCUCAGCACACUGGUGGAAACAUGGCCAUGGUUAAGCCGAUCGCUGCUGGUGCCAAGACUGGUCCUCUGCAUAUCGUGGUGGAUGAAAGUUUCGGAAGCGCUGCUCUCAGAUGGGUCAAGUUUCUCAUGUGGUUCACUCUCUUCACGUAUCUCAGCAUGGUCGUCAUCACCAUGGUCUUCGAGGGCUUGAGCAGCAUCAAGCGCCCCGGUGGCAAGCUCGAGGCCAACGAGGUCAAGCCCGAGAACCAGAAGGCUCGCUUCGCUGAUGUCCACGGUUGCGACGAGGCCAAGGAAGAGCUUCAGGAACUCAUUGACUUCUUGCGCAACCCCGAGAAGUACUCGACUCUUGGUGGCAAGCUCCCCAAGGGCGUGUUGCUCGUUGGACCCCCCGGUACUGGUAAAACUCUUCUGGCUCGUGCUGUCGCUGGCGAAGCUGGCGUGCCCUUCUUCAACAUGUCCGGUUCUGAAUUCGAAGAGGUCUACGUCGGCGUUGGCGCAAAGCGUGUUCGUGAUCUCUUUGCUGCCGCCAAGGCCAAGGCUCCCUCAAUUGUUUUCAUCGACGAACUUGACGCCAUUGGUGGCAGGCGUAACUCUAGGGACGCUACCUACGUACGUCAGACUCUCAACCAGCUUCUUACCGAGUUGGACGGUUUCGAGCAAAACAGUGGUGUGAUCAUCAUUGGCGCUACCAACUUCCCCGAGUCUCUUGAUAAGGCGCUUACCCGUCCCGGCCGCUUCGAUCGCAAUGUUAUGGUCUCUCUUCCCGAUGUCCGCGGCCGCAUGGCCAUUCUCGAGCAUCACGCCAAGCGCAUCAAGGCUGCUGCCGAUGUCAACCUGGAGGCCAUUGCUUCCAGGACUUCUGGUCUUUCUGGUGCCGAGCUGGAGAACAUUGUCAACCAGGCUGCUAUUCACGCCAGCAAGUUGAAGGCUCAGGCUGUUACUCAAAAGGAUUUCGAAUGGGCAAAGGACAAGGUCAUCAUGGGUGCUGAGAAGCGUAGUAUGGUUAUCACAGCCAAGGAAAAAGAGAUGACUGCCUAUCAUGAGGCUGGCCACGCCCUCGUCGGAUAUUACGCCAAGGACAGCGCAAGCUCGCUUUACAAGGUCACCAUUCUCCCACGUGGUCAGACUCUUGGCCACACUGCCUACCUCCCCGAGAUGGACAAGCACUCGUACACCGUCAGGGAUUACUUGGGCAUGAUUGACCGUGCCAUGGGCGGCAAGGUCGCCGAGGAGAUUGUCUAUGGUAACGAGCUUGUGACUAGCGGUGUUAGCGCUGUACGUUUUCCCCCCACUUCUCUACUUUAUUUAACUGGUUAACUAACACAGCAUAUAGGAUCUUGACAUGGCCACCAGAAC